CAUAACCUGGGAGCUCCGAGCGGGCUUCAGAGAAAGUCAACCCCGCUACGGGGACGGGCUCCGGGCGGGAUGCUUGUGUCCGGUCGGCUGGUCCUCGUGCCGUCGCCUCUCACCUGCAUCCGCGUGCACCCAUGAAGCCCCCGCUGAUGAAGCUCUUGGCUGCCAGGGUGAGGCGGAAAGUGGCCAGAGACAGAGAGCAUGUACUGGCGUGUCGGGUUCGCCUGGACUCGGUCGUGUGUGGCUGAUCUCGGACCGAACCAGAGCCUCUCCUCCGGUCUGCUGGGGUCCGAUGAUCAGCUCUCGUUUUACGGGUACAUCAUCGCAUACCCACUGCAGGACUGCGGCGGGAUCAUGUCAGCUUUGGGCUCGGACUCGUGGUGGCGGAAAACACUGUAUUUGACCGGAGGGGCUCUGCUCGCUGCCGCUGCUUAUCUGCUGCACGAACUGCUGGCCAUCAGAAAGGAGGAAGAGCUGGACUCUAAAGAUGCAAUCAUACUCCACCAGUUCUCCAGGCCCAAAACUGGCGCCCCAUCUCUGUCGCCUUUCUGCCUUAAGCUGGAGACCUACCUCCGUAUGGUUGACCUGCCCUACCAGAACUACUUUGAUGGGAAGCUUUCGCCGCAGGGAAAGAUGCCAUGGAUCGAGUACAACCAGGAGCAAGUGUGUGGGACAGAAUUCAUCAUCGACUACUUGGAGGAGAAGCUGGGCGUGAGCCUCAACAAGAGCCUGACACCCCAGGAGAAGGCCUUAUCACGCGCCAUCACCAAAAUGGUAGAUGAGCACUUCUACUGGACCAUAGCUUACUGUCAGUGGGUGGACAACCUGGAGGAGACCCAGAAGAUGCUGUCGGUGAGCGGUCCACUGAGUGACCUACUCAAGUGGAUCCUGAGUCACCUGACAGGUGGGAUAGUUAAGAGGGAGAUGUAUGGUCACGGGAUUGGACGGUUCUCUACCGAGGAGGUGUACGCCUUAAUGGAGAAGGACAUGCGCACCCUGGCCACCCUGCUAGGUGAUAAGAAGUACAUUAUGGGCUCUAAGCUUUCAACAGUAGACGCCGCAGUGUUUGGUCACCUGGCCCCUGCUAUGUGGACGCUACCGGGAUCGCGGCCAGAGCAGCUAAUCAAAGGUGAGCUGAUCAACCUCGCCAUGUACUGCGAGCGCAUCCGCCGACGAUUCUGGCCCGAGUGGUUCGUCGACCUGGAGGACUUCCGCUACAAUGACACCACAGAGGGCAGCGACUCGCCCUCGAAGCUCCCCGACCUCGGCCUCUACUCCCGCACGGACACUUUCCAGGACGAUACGCGCUCAAACACUUUACACACUCACACGCCACAAGACCCGCCAUCGUCUCAGAGUGACCCCACGGGCCACUCGCUGUACGACUCUGACAUGGACACAGAGUGUUCUGAAAUAGACCAGCCGAAGUGCUGACGAAACACACACACACACUUAUAGUACACACUACAUAUAGGCACGCCGCAGGAGGGAGCUGCAUCCCACCUAUGUUCUACCUCUUAGAACAGAAAACAACAGGGGGGUGUAUUCGGUGUUCGCCGGCCGGGACGUUGAGGGUGUAGGAGGGUAAAGUGCCAACUGUAGUGGAGGAAAGAUUGCAGAACAAGGAAAAAAAGGUACAACAGAGAUGAAACUGGAAAAGAAGUGAAGAGAAAAAAAAGAAAUGUAGGUUUAAAAGUGAGAACUAGACGCAUUCAAAUCAGGAGUAAAUGACGCAGUUGCCGAGAAACUCCUCCACAUCAACUGCAACCACAACCUUCUACCUGUUGUCUGUUGCGUGCCCACUGUUGUCCCUCGUAGCAGCUCGCACCACCCAGCAGCGUUUUGCGUCUGUGUGUGUGAGUAUUUGUGAGUGCAUGUGUGUGUGUGCGUGUACCAAAUGAACCUUUAAUACAUGAAAGGAUCUGUACAGAAUCCAUCAGAAAGAAAACAUUUCAGUGUAAAUAUAUAAACGAAUCUGACUUCAUUCUCAGAUUUAAUAGAUAAAAACUGUAUUAUAUAUGAGUAUAAAUAAUAUAGAUAGGCUGGAACUAUAGUAUUAUGUCGUCUGUCAUAUGGUGUAAAUAUUCUAGGUGUUUCUCUUAUGAAUUCCUACCCUGCUGGUCUAAGAUCAGCUAGAGGAACCCUGUGAAUUCUUUUACUGUAUGUAUCCGAUUACAGGGAUAUUACAGUAUUUAAACAGUUGAGAAAAGAAAAAUCAUAAAACAUAAUAGGUAGUAAACUCCCAGUUUCCAUUAACAUCUUGUCUAACUGAGGCAAUUAUUUUGCCUCCAAAAAAUCCCCCAAAUCUUAAUGUACGCUGCUGUUUUUAGGAGAUUUUACAUGCAUUCAAGCAUUGAGCGCACGCCAAACAAUCGUGUAGAUAUAGAGCGAUAGAUAGAAGACAGUCUGAAUCAAAGUGCAUGGCUGAUUCAGGCCCAUAAGUCUCUCUUAGCACCCCACAUUGAUAAUCUUUAGCUACAUUUCUUAGUAAGCCUAGUGUGAUGGAACGAUGUAGCUUGUUUGUCGGUGCCUCUGGCCAAAUCAGCCGUGCAAGCAUGUAUCCAAUGGAUUAUGGAAAAAAAGCACUUGUUUUCUUUCAGCAUUUCUGUCAGAAAAUGUUACGUAAAGCAAUAAGAGACACAGACACAGGUUCAAUUUAUGCCAGGCUGUGAUAAUUGUGGUGUGUGAUGGUAAGGAGCAGGCUCUAUGUGCGCUUGUCGUUCAUCAAGCGCACGUACCGACAACGUUUUGUAUGCAUGGAAGAAAGGGCGAAAUACUAUUUAUGUUCCUGUGCACAUUAGCCUCACAUCAUUUUAAAAAUAUUUAGCUCUAGAAGUUUGUUGUCUGUACUUACAGUCCUGGUAUAAAGAAAGCACACCCUCUUUCAACUCUAAGGUCAGAAAACACGUCAGGACAUAUUAAAAAGUCACAUGGUCUUACCAGAUUCUAAAAUAAUGUAUAUAUAGCCUCAGGUGAAUACCAACGCAUGACGUAUUACACUGUGUUGUUAUUAAAAAAAAUAAGCUGAAAUGCAGAAGCAGGAUGUGAAUAACCAAGUAUACCCCCAUGGUCCAGUAGCCAUCUUUAAGCAUCAGUAAUCGGACGUAAUUGUUUUCUCCAUGACGGAAUCAGUCUCUCACAUUGUUGUGGUGAAAAUCUUUUCAUGUGGCUGCAACACAGACCAACAUCAUCACACCUCCACUCCUGUACUGGACAGUUGGUGUGACAUAUUUGUGUUAAUUUGCUUUGUUUGGUUUUCUCCAAACAUGGUGCUGUGCAUUAUGGCCAAACACCUCCACUUUAGUCUCAUCUGUCCAAACGGCAUUGUUCCAGAUGUCUUGUGAUCUGUGAUCUACAUGUGAACUGUAAUAUUUAACAUGCUAACUGAGGCCUGUAGAGUCUCAGAUUUAGCUCUUUGUUUUUUUCAGUUUCUGUAAACACGGCACAGCCAGACUUUGGGGUGAAUUUGCCAGGAUGUCCACUCCUGGGACGACUGAAAAAUGUUUUCCCCUUGAGAUUAAUCUUUCUCACUGUUGAAUGACAGACUUCAAAUUGUUUGGAAAUCGCAUUAUAACUCUUCUCUAUGAACUUUGCAGAAGUCUUUGCUCCUUGGCAGUGUGUUAACGCAAACAAGCGGCAAAACCUUUUCCUUUCAGAGAAUUGCUCACACUUCCUGAUGAUCAGUUAAUGAAGUGCAUUUGAUUAACAGCAUCCGGUUGCUACUUCUGUGGAAGCAGUGAGGGUGUACACACACUGCAUCUGUAUUUUUGGCUUAGUUUUAGUUAAGUAAAUAAUGACAUGGUGUAAUAAUGCAUGUGUUAUUUUUCACAUCAGGUUGUAGUUACCUCAUUUAAGGAUCUGGUAAGGACCAGAUGUGCAAAACUGUAAAACUUAGUGUGGGUGUUCUUUAUUUUUCACACGACUGUACCUGAGCUAGUUAGGUGAACUCAGCAAUCACAGUCAGUCCCAGACAUUUUAUUCGACCUGUCCUACACUCUGUCCAUAACGGAGUUACAGAGUUGCUGAAACGAAAAGUUCUGUUAGGGAACUUUAGGGGAAAUUACAGAUCUCACAGUAAACAAAUUGUGGAUGUGAUCAGUAAUUACAGUUGGAAAAACUGUAAUUUAAACCCUGAUGUGAGGCCUUUAAUGGGUGUAUACAUGAUGUCAGCCAGUAAGUUACACUAAAAUAUAUUUGGCGUAAUUUUAAAAACUGCGUCUCCAGUUAGUCAUUUGUCCACCAGAGAGCACUGGAAGCAAUUUUUUCAAAUAUGCUCACAACUCCUGCUGCUCUCAGUUCUAAUAACCACAUUUAUAGGAUAACAUUAAAAAUGUCUUUUAUGCUAUAAUAAGUUGUUUUUGUAUGUUUGAGUUUUUCAAAUGCUCAGAAUUGUCUCCAAAAUGUGCAAGCGUGGCUUCGUUUGUGGGGAUGCUGCAUGUAUGUAAGACUAGAAUUAAAAACAGAUGUAGCAUCAACUUACCUCUAAUUCGAAAGAAGAAGCAACAAUCCUACAUAACGAAGGGAACUGAUGAGGAAAGAGUCCAAAGGAUGAGAGGGCUUUUUAUUUAUUUUUUGAUCCUUAAGGCACUAUUACGAUUCUGAUGUCAUUUUAAAACCAUGAGUUUGAAUGUGAUGAUGCCUCGCUGUUGAAUUCUGCUCGAUAAAACAAUGCCAUAAGUUGCUAGUCCAAACUCUGAGUCUGAUCUAAGUCUUUUGUGGGGACACAGCAGACACUGAAGCCUUUAUGGGUGUGUGUAUGUGUAAGUGUGUGUGUUCAGCAGCUGAAUUUCAGUGGAGUAACAGACUGAAACUAAGAAGCUAAUGAACUGAAAAGUUUGGUUUGGUGUCUUAAAACCCCUGGCCUGCAUGCUAUUGCCUUUUAAUGUUAGUAGUCAGAUUCAGCCUUAUGGACGCUGAAGCUAAACUGUUUACUUCAUACCAGUGCCAGUGUAUGACUUCUGUUUUUGUAUGUUACAUUUAUUUAUAUAUUAUAUUUAGUUUAUGCUAUUUCUAUUAAUUUGUUAAGAUGGCUGAUGUGCUUGAAUUUGAUAAGCAAUUCUACUUUUUUUCUACAUUUUGCACUUUAGUUAUGUUUACACGUGUUAUGUUUCUAUGUCUGAAAAUCACUGUCAGACUAAUGAUAUGCAUUGGUGUAUUAGUGCGCUGCUAGAUUUUCUUCAGGCUUCUGCUGACAUAUAACUCUUAUAAAAGCUACACAUGUCCAUCCACAGCAGUGGUUGCAUGUAUAUCCACAACCUGGAAAGUUUUCCAGCUCAUACAUGCGGUUUGCUGCAUGUCUGACAUUUGCUGCAGACUCUGCCUUUACAAGACACAAUAACUCAGCUUCACCCUGCAGUGAUUUAUGUUCACUUGAAGCCGAGAUACCAAACUGACACUCGAUCUUCUGUAAGCAGGGUGAGGUGAGUCAUCCUGCUGAUCGGCUGAUCAUCAGUGUCUCCUCUCUCCCGUGCGACUUCACCUCUGGCAGUACAAAUUGCAAAAGUCCUCCUGAUAAGAGUCUGUUGCCAACUCUGUCUGUCUCAGUGUUCCUCUGCAUUUCGAGGUGAGAAGUCAGGGUUUAAGCCCCGCCCUGCGCGUCACAGUUCCCAUUCUACCCCGAUUCCUGCUUGUAGACUUGUAGAGGCCACAUUGCGCUGUUGUCUUGAUGUUGUGCGUGCGGAAAAACACUUGUGGUAUCUUGUUGGACUGUAAAUAAGUGAGCCAGAAAAAAGCCAAACUAAAUAUAUAAUUUAUAAAUGUAUAUAUAUAUAUAUAGAUAUAUAUAUAGAAAGACAGAGAGAGUGAGAUAAAUGAAUAUGACCUGAAAGAACAUGCUCUGCAAGGGUUAAAAAAAAAAGAGAUUCUUAUGAAUGUAUCAUAAACAGAGAUAAAAUGCUGUAUGACAAUGGAUUACUUCUAAUAUUUCAUUAAAUAUAACUGCCAUA